AUGGAGUCGUCCAAGAAGGCCAGCAACAAGAUCGCGGAGAUCGUGAAGCUGCAGCAGGUCCUCAGGAAGUGGAAGAAGCUCGCGGUGACGCCGAAGACCGGGGCCGCAGCCGGGAGCGGCGGCGGCGGCAUCAACAAGUUCUUGAAGAGAACGCUGUCCUUCUCCGAGAACCCGGCGGCGGCGGCGGCGUCAGGGGAGGCGGCGGUGCCGAAGGGGUACCUGGCGGUGAGCGUGGGGGAGGAGAUGCGGCGGUUCGUGAUCCCGACGGAGUACCUGGGCCACCGGGCCUUCGCGGCGCUGCUGCAGGAGGCGGAGGAGGAGUUCGGGUUCGGGCAGGAGGGGGUGCUGCGGAUCCCCUGCGAGGUGGCGGCGUUCGAGAGCGUGCUCAAGGUGGUGGAGAAGAGGAAGGAGGGGUCGCUGUGCUACUGCUCCGCCGAGGCGGACGACAUGGCCGGGAGCUCCGGCCACGGCGGGAGUCGGCCGAAUUCUGCGUGCAGAUGAUGACGGCGACGCGUGCAUUGCGUUGAUCUAUACUCCGAUAAGAUUUGCGUUUCGGAAUUUGUUCUGAUUUGGAAGCAAAUCACGGGGUGAAAUCAUAUGAAAAGAUUUUAAAAUUUUGUAAUUCUCGAAUCUCAAAUAUCAAAUCCUACUU